CCCGUCCGCGCCCGCCCGGUGCCCGCGCCGCCGCCCGCAUGGCGCUCCGCGGCUUCUGCAGCGCCGACGGCUCCGACCCGUUCUGGGACUGGAACCUCACGUGGCACACCAGCAACCCCGACUUCCCCAAGUGCUUCCAGAACACCGUCCUGCUGUGGCUGCCAUGCUUCUACCUCUGGGCCUCCUUCCCCGUCUACGCCCUCUAUCUCUCCCGCCACGACCGGGGCUACAUCCAGAUGACGCACCUCAACAAGGCCAAAACUGCCUUGGGAUUCCUGCUGUGGAUCGUCUGCUGGGCCGACCUCUUCUACUCGUUCUGGGAAAGGAGUCAGGGCGUCUUCGUGGCCCCCGUGCUGCUGGUCAGCCCGACCCUCCUGGGUGUCACCAUGCUGCUCGCCACCUUCCUGAUCCAGCUCGAGAGGAGGAAGGGGGUCCAGUCCUCGGGCCUCCUGCUCGUCUUCUGGCUCAUGGCCCUACUGUGCGCCCUCGCCAUCUUCAGAUCCAAGAUCAUGGCUGCCUUAAAAGAGGACGCCCAGGUGGACCGRUUCCGGGACACGACUUUCUACAUCUACUUGGCCCUCGUGCUGGCCCAGCUAGUGCUGUCCUGCGUCUUGGACCGCGCGCCCCUGUUCUCCGAGACCAUCAACGACCCCAACCCGUGCCCGGAAUCCAGCGCCUCCUUCCUGUCCAGGAUCACCUUCUGGUGGAUCACGGGGUUGAUGAUCCGGGGCUACCGCCAGCCCCUGGAGGCCAGUGACCUCUGGUCCCUGAACAAGGAGGACACGUCCGCACAAGUGGUGCCCGUGCUGGAGAAGAACUGGAGGAAGGAGUUUGCCAAGUCCAGGAAGCAGCCCGUGAAGGUCGCGUACUCCUCCACCAAGGACCCCGCCAAGGCCCCGGGGGGCUCCAAGGUGGAYGUGAACGAGGAGGCCGAGGCCUUGAUUGUCAAGUCCCCGCAGCGGGAGCGGGCCCCGUCCCUGUUCAAGGUGCUGUACAAGACCUUCGGGCCCUACUUCCUCAUGAGCUUCCUCUUCAAGGCCAUCCACGACCUCAUGAUGUUCGCUGGCCCCGAGAUCCUGAAGCUGCUCAUCAACUUCGUGAACGACACCCAGGCCCCCGACUGGCAGGGCUACCUGUACACGGUGCUGCUGUUCGUGAGCGCCUGCCUGCAGACGCUGGUCCUGCACCAGUACUUCCACAUCUGCUUCGUCAGCGGCAUGCGGAUCAAGACCGCCGUCAUCGGGGCCGUCUACCGCAAGGCCCUGGUGAUCACCAACGCRGCCCGCAAGUCCUCCACGGUCGGGGAGAUCGUCAACCUCAUGUCCGUGGACGCGCAGCGCUUCAUGGACCUGGCCACGUACAUUAACAUGAUCUGGUCGGCCCCCCUGCAGGUCAUCCUGGCCCUCUACCUCCUGUGGCUGAACCUGGGCCCCUCUGUCCUGGCCGGGGUGGMCGUGAUGGUCCUGAUGGUGCCUUUCAACGCCGUGAUGGCCAUGAAGACCAAGACCUACCAGGUGGCCCACAUGAAGAGCAAGGACAACCGGAUCAAGCUGAUGAACGAGAUCCUCAACGGCAUCAAGGUGCUGAAGCUCUACGCCUGGGAGCUGGCCUUCAAGGACAAGGUCAUGGCCAUCCGGCAGGAGGAGCUGAAGGUGCUCAAGAAGUCCGCCUACCUGGCGGCCGUGGGCACCUUCACCUGGGUCUGCACCCCGUUCCUGGUGGCCCUGUCGACCUUCGCCGUCUACGUGACCGUGGACAAGAACAACGUGCUGGACGCGCAGAAGGCCUUUGUGUCCCUGGCCCUGUUCAACAUCCUCCGCUUCCCGCUCAACAUCCURCCCAUGGUCAUCAGCAGCAUCGUGCAGGCGAGCGUCUCCCUCAAACGCCUGAGGAUCUUCCUCUCCCACGAGGAGCUGGAGCCCGGCAGCAUCGAGCGCAGGCCACUCAAGGACGGCAGGGGGACGAACAGCAUCACCGUGGAGAACGCCAGCUUCACCUGGGCCAGGGGCGAGCCGGCCACRCUCAACAGCAUCACCUUCUCCGUCCCGGAGGGCGCCCUGGUGGCCGUGGUGGGCCAGGUGGGCUGUGGGAAGUCCUCCCUGCUCUCCGCGCUGCUGGCCGAGAUGGACAAGGUGGAGGGGCUCGUGGCUCUGAAGGGCUCGGUGGCCUACGUCCCGCAGCAGGCCUGGAUUCAGAACGACUCCCUCCGUGAGAACAUCCUGUUCGGGCGCCCGCUGCGGGAGCGCUACUACAACGCGGUGGUGGAGGCCUGCGCGCUCCUCCCCGACCUGGAGAUCCUGCCCAGCGGGGACCGCACGGAGAUCGGCGAGAAGGGCGUGAACCUGUCGGGUGGCCAGAAGCAGCGCGUGAGCCUGGCCCGGGCCGUGUACGGAGACUCCGACGUCUACCUCUUCGACGACCCGCUCUCCGCCGUGGACGCGCACGUCGGGAGGCACAUCUUCGACAACGUGGUCGGCCCCAAGGGGAUGCUGAGGGGCAAGACGCGGAUCCUGGUCACACACAACAUCAGCUACCUGCCGCAGGUGGACGUCGUCAUCGUCAUGAGCGGGGGCAAGAUCUCCGAGAUGGGCUCCUACCAGGAGCUGCUGGCCCGCGACGGGGCCUUCGCCGAGUUCCUGCGUACCUACUCCAGCGCCGAGCAGGACCAGGCCCCGGAGGACGACAGUGGCAAAGUAGUGGACCAGGAGGAGGGAGGCCUGACGGGCAGCAGUGGUCCAGGGAAGGAGCCGAAGCCAAUGGAGAACGGGACGCUGGUGCCGGCYGCCGCGGGGAAGCAGGUGCAGAGGCAGCUGAGCAGCUCCUCCUCGUACAGYGGGGACGGGGGCCGGCCCCAGGCCAGCACCGCUGACCCGCAGAAGGCCGGAGCCAAGGAGGAGGCCUGGAAGCUGGUGGAGGCGGACAAGGUCCAGACGGGGCAGGUGAAGCUGUCCGUGUACUGGGACUACAUGAAGGCCAUCGGGCUCUGCCUGUCCUUCCUGAGCAUCUUCCUCUUCCUGUGCAACCACGUGUCUGCCCUGGCCUCCAACUACUGGCUCAGCCUCUGGACGGACAMCCCCGUGGUCAACGGGACCCAGGAGCACACCGAUUUCUGGCUGGGUGUCUACGGAGGCCUGGGCAUUGCCCAAGGCAUCUCGGUGCUCGGCUACUCCAUGACGGUGUCCAUCGGGGGCAUCUUCGCGUCCCGCCGCCUGCACCUGGACCUGCUGCACCACGUCCUGCGCUCGCCCAUGAGCUUCUUCGAGCGCACCCCCAGCGGGAACCUGGUGAACCGCUUCUCCAAGGAGCUGGACACGGUGGACUCCAUGAUCCCGCAGGUGAUCAAGAUGUUCUUGGGCUCCCUGUGCAACGUCAUCGGCGCCUGCAUCAUCAUCCUGCUGGCCACGCCCAUCGCCGCGGUCACCAUCCCGCCCCUGGGCCUCCUCUACUUCUUCGUGCAGAGGUUCUACGUGGCCUCCUCCCGGCAGCUGAAGCGCCUCGAGUCGGUCAGCCGCUCCCCGGUGUACUCGCACUUCAACGAGACCCUGCUGGGGGUCAGCGUGAUCCGCGCCUUCGAGGAGCAGGAGCGGUUCAUCCGCCAGAGUGACCUGAAGGUGGACGAGAACCAGAAGGCCUACUACCCCGGCAUCGUGGCCAACAGGUGGUUGGCUGUGAGGCUGGAGUGCGUUGGCAACUUCAUAGUCUUUUUUGCCUCCCUGUUUGCGGUCAUCUCCCGGCACAGCCUCAGCGCGGGCUUGGUGGGCCUCUCUGUGUCUUACUCUUUGCAGAUCACCGCCUACUUGAACUGGCUGGUUCGGAUGUCAUCCGAGAUGGAGACCAACAUUGUGGCUGUGGAGAGACUCAAGGAGUAUUCAGAAACYGAGAAGGAGGCUCCCUGGCAGGUCCCCGAGACAGCGCCCCCCAGCAACUGGCCCCAGGUGGGCCGAGUGGAGUUCCGGGACUACGGGCUGCGGUACCGAGAGGACCUGGACCUGGUUCUCAAGCACAUCAAYGUCACCAUCGAAGGGGGAGAGAAGGUUGGCAUUGUGGGGCGCACGGGAGCCGGGAAGUCGUCCCUCACCCUGGGCUUGUUCCGGAUCAACGAGUCCGCGGAAGGAGAGAUCAUCAUCGACGGCGUCAACAUCGCCAAGAUCGGCCUGCACAACCUGCGCUUCAAGAUCACCAUCAUCCCCCAGGACCCCGUGUUGUUCUCGGGCUCCCUCCGCAUGAACCUGGACCCGUUCAGCCAGUACUCGGACGGCGAGGUGUGGACGGCCCUGGAGCUGGCUCACCUCAAGAGCUUCGUGUCGGGGCUCCCCGACAAGCUGGACCACGAGUGUUCGGAAGGCGGGGAGAACCUGAGCGUGGGGCAGCGACAGCUUGUGUGCCUGGCCCGGGCGCUGCUGAGGAAGACCAAGAUCCUCGUGCUGGACGAGGCCACGGCGGCCGUGGACCUGGAAACAGACGACCUCAUUCAGUCCACCAUCCGGACGCAGUUUGACGACUGCACCGUCCUCACCAUCGCCCACCGGCUCAACACCAUCAUGGACUACACCAGGGUCAUCGUCCUGGACAGAGGAGAGGUGCGGGAGUGUGGCUCGCCGUCGGACCUCCUGCAGCAGCGGGGGCUCUUCUACAGCAUGGCCAGGGACGCCGGCCUGGUGUGAGCYGCGGGGCCCGUGCGUCCACUCAACACGCAGGGCCAGCGUCCUCGGGAACCCCAGCCUCCCACGCAGAAACCAAAAAAAUCCAAACCCCAAAACCAGAACGGACACAGGGCAGCAGCUGGCAUCUGGCCCUUGCCCAGAAUUGGCUCCAAGACAAGGAGAGCGGGGAGGCCCCCGCCCAGACGCGCCCACCUGCCCGGCCUCACGCCUGCCCGCUCUCCCGCAUCUCACACCUUGGAGGUGCCUGCGGCUCCUGGGGCCUUGGGUGGCCAGACUUCUGGAGAAGUCGGUUGUGUGAAAUGCGCUAGUGACCAAAUGCUGCCAACUGCCUUGCGUCUCUCCAGCCAAAGCCUGUGGAUCCCACGCCUCUGGGAUGCUCCCGGUCCCCACCGCCUCCCGUCACCUCUGAUGUCCCUUCUGCUUCCCGUGGGAAAGGGGCCUGGUGGGAAUCCUUCCGACCCUCCGGCGGCCCUCCCAGGUGGGACAGUCCUAGGCCAACCAUCUGGUCUCGCAGGCCGACACUUCAACAUGGUUCCCACCAGGACUUGCUUCGGCUGCCGGAGGCCACCUGGGCCCCCUGCACCCUGUCUCGAGGGGACUUGGUGGACCAGCGGAUGAUCCAGACCCGGAGCCCCCGACUCCCGACUCCCCCCUUCCCACCCCGGCCUCCCUGCUUUUCUCACCAGGGCCAGGGCGGCUCUGCCCCGCGGUACCUGGGAGAGGUGCAGGUCCGCCAACGGUUACGAAGCAUCCCACGCGCUCCCAGUUGGUACCAAAAAGAAUCCCGUCUUCUGGAUUUUAGACCUCGAUUUCUCACCCCYGCCCUCUGGCUGGCUGCCGAAGAGCAGGCUGUGGAGAACUUGACAUCUGGUGACGGAGUUCCCCCCAGGAUAAAAGAACUCUUUCUUCUUUUUUUUUUAAGUACUGCUCCAGGGGAAAAGACCCUCUUWAAGAGUUUGACCUCUUGGGAGGAAGUGUCCGGCGGAGGAGCAGCGUGCCUGGGAACGGCCAGACCUGGCCUUGCCUUUGACACUUGGUCCACGUGUUCUUGGAGGAAAACCAAGAUCCUUCAGAGUGGGACCUUGAGGUGUCUCAGUGACAGACCAAAGCAAGACCCCCCAAGACGGCGCGAGCCCGCUGCUGCCCCCAAAUUCAUACYUGCUAUGAAUCACGUUGCUGACUUCAAACCCAGAGAAGCCUCUUUCUUCUUCUAGAGGGGAAUAUAUAUUUAUUUUUUUGUAAGUUAUACCAUUCUUUCACGUUAGAGAAUCCAAGGUUUUCUUGGGAGACCUUUUUGUAAUGACUUAACACUGGAAACGUGGACAUUUGCAAAUGAUUUGCAGUAA